GCUGGGAAAAUAUUCAUAUCCCACUUGCAGCUUGAUCCUCAGUGCAACCUGGAGUGUAAUUGUACUUUGAAUACGAAUAAACAGAUGUGGGUCAAGAGGAGCCAAUCAUUGUCCUUUGAGCAGUGUUCUUAGCAGGCUUAUCAGCUUCCUGGAUCAUAGACACAGAUAUAACUGAGCAGUCCAAAGCAUUAAAGGCUCUCACAGCAAGCAAGCUGACAGACAGGUGAUGAUGGCUUCUGUGUUCACAUCCAAUAAAACCAUCAGGGUUUGCCCUUUCCUCAAUGGAGAUAUCGAAAACCCAGAGACCAAAACUAACAACAGCAACACAUGGAUUCGUCCCAAUUUGCCCAGCAGAUGUACAUGGAAACCAGGAAAAUCCAUCUCAGAGUCACCUCACAGCUGUGUACCUAUUCCAAAAGAACCAAAGAUUCUGUCAUCUAUUUUGGAGAAAAUUGGACACACCCCUCUGGUCCGUGUCAACAAGAUUUCAAAAGCCCAUGGGCUGAAGUGUGAGCUCUUGGCCAAGUGUGAGUAUUUCAAUGCUGGAGGAAGUGUCAAAGACCGAAUGUCCUUGAGGAUGAUAGAAGAUGCAGAAAAAGCUGGUACUCUGAAACCAGGAGACACACUCAUUGAGCCUACUUCAGGAAACACAGGGAUUGGAAUUGCCCUGGCAGCUGCAGUGAAGGGCUAUCGCUGCAUCAUUGUAAUGCCAGAGAAAAUGAGCAUGGAGAAGGUGGAUAUCCUGAGAGCCCUCGGGGCUGAGAUCGUAAGAACUCCCUGCACGAGAUACGACGCCCCAGAAUCAAAUGUCCGUGUUGCUUGGAAACUGAAAAAUGAAAUCCCAAACUCACAUAUUUUGGAUCAGUACAGAAAUCCAAGCAACCCGCUGGCGCACUAUGACACCACAGCUGAGGAGAUUCUGGAGCAAUGUGACGGCAAAGUUGAUAUGUUUGUGGCUGGAGCUGGAACAGGAGGCAGCAUCUCUGGAAUUGCCAGAAAGAUGAAAGAGAAAUGUCCUGAAUGCAAAAUUGUUGGAGUGGAUCCUGAUGGCUCCAUUGUGGCCCUGCCCAGCUCACUGAACACAGUAUCAGCAGAGGAUACAACAAUGGAGGUGGAAGGGAUUGGGCACGACUUUCUCCCAACUGUCCUUGACAGAGCUGUGAUAGAUCAGUGGUACAAGAGCAAUGACAAGGAAUCCUUUCUUAUGGCACGAAGACUGAUUAGAGAGGAGGGCUUGCUCUGUGGGGGCAGCUCAGGCAGUGCCAUGUCUGUGGCUGUGAAAGCUGCGAAGCAUCUGAAAGAGGGUCAGCGCUGUGUUGUCCUCCUGCCUGACUCUGUAAGGAACUACAUGUCUAAAUUUUUGAACGACAAAUGGAUGGUCAAGAAUGGAUUUCUAAAAGAAGAUGUUGAAGAGCAUCAUCCUUGGUGGUGGACUAUCAAGGUGCAGAAGCUAAGCCUCUUAGCCCCUCUGACUCUCCUCCCAGAUGUGAACUGUCAAAAGGCCAUUGAAAUCCUUCGUGAGAAGGCGUACGACCAGGCACCGGUUGUUGCAGAAUCAGGACUCAUCUUGGGGAUGGUAACUCUGAGCAACAUCCUCUCCUCCGUCCUGGCAGGAACUGCCCAGUUCUCAGACCCAGUGAUGAAGGUCAUGUAUCAGCAGUUUUCCAAGAUUAGCCUGGAUGAUACCCUUGGAAAGCUUUCACACAUCCUGGAAAAUGAUCAUUUUGCUAUUGUUGUGCAUGAGCUGGAGCAAUACAAUGCAGAUGGCAGCUCCUUCAUGAAACAGAUGGUAUUUGGUGUGGUCACAGCUGUUGAUCUUCUCAGCUUUGUCACCCCCAAAAACAAGACCCAGGAACGAAGAGAUGUGACACUCGAAUCAGAUUCUUCUGAAAGAAUUUUCUCCAUGGCAGAAUCUGUGGAGAAAUAGCAGAAGAUCUUUAAGUAUAUGGUUUUGUUUUCAAGUAUGGCUUUCUAUUUUAGAAUUAGCUUUGUAUUUAGUAUAGUAUUAUACUAGUAUCUAGUAUUUCUAUUUUAAUUUGCCUAGCUGUUCUUGGUCUGCUAUGUUCAUAGCCAUGCUCAUCCUAAAUGCCACCAAGGGAAAUAAUUUGGGAUCAGGAUGAUUGGACAAGAUCACUUACAAUUAAAAUAAGCAGCUAUUCUUUGAUAGCAUGUUAAAAAAAAUAAGAUUCUUGGGAGGAAGCCAUAGACUAAAUGGAUUCUCCUGUGAGGGUGCCUUGUUGCCUUGAUUUUUAUCUGACAUUUUGUUGUUUGCAUUAACAUUGACUGGUAAAUGCAUUUCAAAAUCUGCUGGCAGAGCAAUAAAGAAAUACUACAGAU